AUGUGGUUUCUUGAACACGAGUCGCUGUUUGGUGCAAAGCGCGUCUGGCUGCGCCCCGAGUCGCAGCAGCUCUUCGGUCGCACCAAGUCCAGCGAAGAAGGCAAGACAUGGAGAAUCGACAACAAGGCCGUCUCGCGGCAGCAUUGCACAAUCAAGGUCCUCAAGGUUUCUGUAGACGCUGGCUCGAAGCUGCACACUCGAUCGCAGGUUGAGAUUACGGAUCUUAGUUGCAGACAGGGCACUUCGGUCGAUGGCAAUAUGAUCAAGAGCACGAAGAACGAAGAUGGGUCGAUCGAGUACGCGAGGACGAUACUCGAGGGCACGGAACAUUCGAUUCGGCUGGCGCAGAGCUAUGAGCCGUUCAAGAUAUACUGGAAGCCGCUCGUCUUUACGUACGCUUCGAAGGAGACCAAGGAAUCAAAGGCUCGCAGCGCGAAGCUGCACGUGCUCGACAUUAAGACCACCGUCGACUUCAUAUUCGGCAAGACAACACAUGUUGUGACCCAGAAGCGCAACUUGCCCCGAGUGCUCUCCGGCCUCGUAGCUGGCAGGCACAUCGUGACGUCGGACUUCCUCGACGCCGUGAUCGAGCGAGCUACCCACACAACGGACAGCGAAUACGGCUAUGUGCCGUCGCCGCUGGAAGAGGACUUUGUCGCUCAGUGGCCCAAGGAGGAGGAAUACGUACCGCCGACUGCUACCGAACCCGUGCCUCGGCCGCAAGAGAUGCUCAAGCCCGACAGCACACGAUCAGAGAUUUUCCACAAUCUUACUUUCAUAUUCUUGGAUCCGAAUCAGCACAGUAGCCUGCAGGACCCUAUUUCCGGAGGUGGUGGAAAGGUGCUGCUCUACGAGAAGUUCAAGCAUGGGGAGACUACUGUACAGGAGUACGUUGACUAUGUUCGCAGUGUAGCUGGCAAGAAAAAGGGUAGUCGUGCGAACAAUGACAAGCUUCCUGUGAUCACGGUUCGCCUCGCAAUUCCUGCGGACGGCUCGGACGAGUGGGCUGCCAACUUCAUGAAUGGCGUAGACCACGCACUCGGCCAAAGGUCGAUGCUCCAGAACGAGUUUCUUGAUAUCAUCCUCGCUAAAGACAGAACUGGACUGCAGAAGCCACCGGAAGGCAUACCGGGAGCCACGUCAAGCGCACCAGAUUCAGCGACUCGGCGGUCCAUGCGGGACAGCACACCGGCAUCGAGAGCACCUUCUCAAGCACCCGAGUCAUCUGCUCUUACCGAUGAACCAGUCAAGCCGAACCCUCGUAAGCGCAUACAUCGGCCGAAGACUACAAGUCGCUUCACUGGCUUCGAUGACUAUGAGCCACUAGCAAAGAUUCGGAAGAUGGAAGAUACACAGAUGGAAGGUGUCCAGCAGUCCAUACCACAAUCCGCUCGCGAUGCGACUCAGGCGCCAGGCAACCAAUAUGCUACUGCUCUCACAACACAGACCCAGGCUCGCACGCAGAGAGCACUAUCACCCGCCCACGAGAUCAUUGAAAAGGAAGAGUUGAUAGACGCUCAGUUUCCCGCAGCAGCAGAGAUCAAGCGCCGCCGAGCAGCAACCCGCGCACCAUCAGUAUCCGUCGAGCCCGAGACCAACACGCCCGCCACUCAGCCCAAGCGCCGCGGUGUCGACGCCCUCGAGAGUCUGCAGCGUGCCCGUCAAAAGGCCGACAAGGACAUCAACGUGCGCGAGCAAACUCGGCUCCGCAUCAAAGAAGAAGAAGACCGGCGGAAAGCUGAUGAGGAGAGUUUGCGCGAACAGCUUGAAGGCAUCGACAUCGAGCAGAUGAAGAACCUCGCUGUCGUCGUGGAAAUGGAGGUUCUCCCACGGCAACGUAACGGUGAUAAUUUGCGCACGCCUGCGCAAGCCCGCGCGCAAGCUCAAGCUCAGAGCAAGAGCGACCGCUGGGACCCAGCCUGGAAUGGGCGCAAGAACUUUAAAAAGUUCCGGCGACGGGGCGCCGAGCUGGGCACCACGCCUCAUCGCGUUAUGGUCGCGCUCGAAGAAGCACCGCACCAGAAAAGCUUCAGUGACUCCUGGCUCCUCCCGGAUAUUGAGCCUCGAGCUAGCGGGCUGGCGCCGCGCAGGAAGAAACAUGGUGAGAGAGAAGACGACAGCGAGCCGGAGCAGGGCUUCAGGGGGAGGAAGAGCAGGACACAUUCGCAGCGACAGUCACCGCCGCAGCAGCCUGAGGUUGUGAAUGUCGAGGACAGCGGGCCGGAUGACGAGGAGGUUGUUGAGGCCAGGACGCAGAAGAGCUCGGUCAGGACGCAGAGGGUGGUUGAGACGCAGGUUUCUGAGCACGGGCGGAAGAGGCCUGGUGGUGCUGCCAGCGGGCAGCCGGCUGCGAAGAAAGGUAGGAUCGACCGCUCGAGGAGGAAUGACGAUAGCGAUAGUGACGAAGAGGAAACGGGAUUCAGGUUCAAGAGGAGGUAG